AUGUAAUACUAACUCAACAUUAUUGAUAUUGAUGGGUUUGAGAAUAAAUGGUAUUAUAAAUUGAGAAUUACAAACAAUUAAAAUAGUUGUUAUCGUGAUGUACGCGUACGAUUUUAGGAUUUGAAUCAAAUGCACAGAAAUCUUUAAAAUGAAAAUUAUUAUUCAAAUGUAAAAGAGAAUUUGUAUUUUUGUUAUUAGUUACCAUUAUUUCCUGAGAAAUCUCUAUUGAUUUCAUGGAUUCAGAGUAAUGAUAGCAGAGAGGAAUUAUUGGAGAACAAAGAGGCUAUUUAAAACUAUUUAUCAGCGAUCAACAAGAAUCCACCAUUUAAAUAUGAAGCAAUUAAUUAAUUCGUGUAAAAUACAUAUGACCCUAAGAGGAGUACAUAAUUAAGAUUCUUGAACAUAAAUAAAGAUGCAUUUUAUUAAGUCCACAUAAAAAAAAGUAUUAUAAAGAAGGGCAAAUUCAAUAAGAUCUUUCUUGUGAAGGGCGAAUAUUAAGACAGAGUUGUGCAUUAAUUCUUGAUGCCUUCGAAUGAUGCGGCAAAAAAAGACUACGAGAAUUACAAAAGAGCCUAAUUAUUAAUUACCGAUCAUACCUACAUAGUGAAAUGUCAUGAGAUAGGAUAAAUCACGAAGAAGAAGCCAUUCUUUUAGAGAAAGCAAAAGAAGACAAUUUACAACGCGUUGGAAAUUGCACAAGACUCAUCCUAUGACAUUAUCUAUGCAAUUGAAGAUUACGCACAAUAGCCAAUAAAUAAACUAAUCCAAAAGCGAUAGGAGAGAUAGGAGCAUUUCAAAUUAGAAACAAUCUCAGAGGCACUUAUUACUCUGAUAAAUGUGGCUUAAUAUUUGCAGUUUUUGUAAAUUUUUUAGAAAUAAUUUUCUGUGACCAAUUUCUAUUAUGAUGAAAAGUUCGGAUUCAAGGUCGGGGGAUUUACACCAUUAUAUACAUACAAGAAAAAGUAUAGAUUAAAGAAUGAGACUGAGCCCAACACAUACAAGGCUCUCAAUCCGCCAGAGUUGUGUGGAUCUGCAGGUGGCUAUACGAUGAAAAACAAUUUGAAUUCUUCCAUUAAAACUGAUGUUUGGCAAAUUGGAAUUGUGAUUCUCUCAAUGGCCUCACUCACUUUGCCAUUGGAUCUGAUAUGGAGUGAGGCAAUUGAGGAGAAAUUAAAAUUAGUGCAAUAUAAACAUGGGGAAAAAUUAGCUUUUUUACUUAAGAAUAUGCUAUAACGAAAUCAAAAUGACCGGUCUUCUAUCAAUGAUAUCAUCAUACCUGCCCAAUUGUUGAUGCCCAUGAAUUUAACCUAAUUCAAGCAAGUCAGAUCAAUCGAAAGAUUAUAGAUCGCAUCCAUAUCUCAGUAGUAAUUGGAAGACAUGGAUAAAUAGUUUAAAGAGAAAGCCUCGGAUAAAAAAUAUAUUGUACAUUUGACAAUUGAUAAAUUCAUUGUCCAAUAAAUAUUUCUAUUCAAUUUGGAACGGAUUAAGAGAGAAUUUGUGAUACAAUUGCACAUUAACGUAUCUCCUUAAACUAUACCAGAUGAUUUGAUUGACAAAAUGAUGUCAAGUUUAAUUGAGUACCAACAUCUGUAAUUAUUGGUACUUAAUCUUAAGAAAUGCACGAUAUCUGAUUAAGCCUAAAGGAAUAUCAUUAAUUCGGUCUAAAAUAUCACAAAACUCAAAUAAUUAACAUUGGAUAUCAGUGGAAAUCAAACAAUCCCAAUUUCAAUUCCACAAUCAAAAAACAGAGUGGUUGUAUAUAACCAAUGACAUAUUUUACAUAUUUUACAUAAGUUAAGUAUUUUUAAUUCAUCCUGA